GUUUGGAUGAAUGCCAUCGCUUCUUUUUCAGCCAGCGGUUGUUUAGACUCUUUUGUACGUCUUACACAUUAAAUUUUGCCAUUUCUAACCCUUAGAUCUCACUCCACGGUCCUGGCAAAUAUCUUUAAUAGUUCCAAGAAAAAAACGAUACAGCACGGUAUUAAAUGCCAUGCCAAGUGAAUAAUGAUACGUCCACAGAGCAUGAUAUGGUAGCUCCUUGUUUCUAGGGAUCAGAUAGCUAGCAGAUUAAUUGCAAGAAAACAUACCAUUGUGGUGUACAAAGGACCCGAUCCGGCGACAUGGCAGAUUCAUCUUCAGCCAACGAGGGACCUGCCCCUGCCCCGUCCAAAGGAUGGGGAGGAUGGGGUUUCUCCGUCCUGUCAGAGCUCCAAAAGGCUGCAGCCCAGGCAGCCGACGAAAUUUCUCGUAAUGCCUCUGUAGUUGCUAAAAAUGUUGUUUCAGAUUUGCAAAGUGCAGCUGAACCAUCAUCAGAGUCUGUUAGUGAAGAUGGAAUAGAGGCAGAAGAUGUAAAUAGUCAACUUGAACCUGAAAAUGAAGAGGAAAAGCGUAGGAAAGCUGCAUUGGACCGACUGGAGAAGGCCAGCCAAGAAUCUUUACUGGGGCAGGGCCUCAAGGCUUUUGACAGCUCAGUGGAGAAUAUUGCUUCUGGGGCAUGGCAAGCUUUUGGCAGUGCCUGGAAAGGAGGCAGCAAAUGGGUUGAGAAGAUUGAACAUUCUGCUGUUAAUCUUGCUGAUUCUUUUCAGCAAAAUGGCCUACCUAUUAAGGCUAGCUCCCUUGCUCCAACUUUGUUAGAGAGUGGAAAGGCACUCACUGCCAAGGGAAUACAGGUUCUUGAAUUUGUUGGUAAAGAGACUAUAGAUCUGCUAGCCACAGAGACAGGUAUUGAUAUUGAGAAAGAUGAGAGGGAGAUCGAGCAAGGUGAGACUGAGGAACAAUUUUCAGAAGAAGCCACUUUUGAUCGAUGCUUCUAUAUUUAUGGAGGUCCUGAGCAGCUGGAGGAGCUGGAAGCUUUGUCAAAUCAUUAUGCAUUACUGUGUAAUAGAACAAGAACAAAACUACCAGGAGAAGAUAAAGCUGCUUUUGAUAGAAUGCUCAAGCAGAUUCAACAGGUAUUUACAUUAAGCAAUGAAAGUGACGGAGGUAAUUUUGAAUUUGACAAGGGUAAAAAUGUUGAAAGUGGAGAAUCAGGCAAUGGAAAUGAGAUAAAAAUUCUUUGUGAUGCAAGUGUCAGCAAAGCAGCUGAGAUGGCAGCAGGCUUUACAGCCACACUUGGGGGGCUUGCUCUCAACGAAAUAGUCCAGAAAACAGCUGAUCGUCUUGAGGCUAUUAGAUCUGAAGGAGUGCAUAGGCUUUCAGAGUUGUGCUGUCUUGGAAUAUCUCAGCUUCUUCUGCUUGGCAAAUCUGUGUUAGCAAACUCAAAUGCACCAGGUGACAAAGCAAUGGAGGGUUCUCUUAGAAUCGAAUGGCCAGAUGAUUAUAUUUUAAAGGCAAAGCUUCUCAGAUCCAAAGCACAGUCCAUGACCAGUGAUAUUGAGGCUGUUUCAAACAGUUUUAUUACAGGUAUAUCAGAUAUUAUUGCAGCUUUUCAGGAAGCUAUUAAACAUGCAUCAAAAGCUGGACAAGAGGCAAGGCAGGAAAUUUUGCAAGAGAGCUCCAUUAAAGAUAAGGCACAAACUCUUACCAGUGACAUUGAGAGUGAUGGAAGCAUAGCCAUUGAAAAGAUUCAGGAUGGCCUUCAGCAUUUAGUUUAUGUGGUUUUCUCAACCACAUUGAAGAAUUGAAGUUUCAAUUAGUAUAUUGUUGCAUUCAGCUGACCUGAAUGUCUGAACUGAUAGUGAUGUGUAAUAUUUCUAUGAAACAUCAUGAUUUAUCUUGCCCACAGUUGAUUAUUUCUUUCAAUUUAGAAGUUUGAAUUAUUUGUAUAAAUUUCAUUUCAUCUUAUCGAACAGAUUCUUUUGUAAAUAUUCAAUUGUCUGAUAUUGAAGUUGUUCUGUAAAGGGUUCCCUUAUUAAACUCGAGAACAUUUCCAAUUGAUGCCAGUAUCUGGUGUCAGUUCAAUCAUCUUUGACAUAUAUCUUUUCAUUUUACCCAAUACAUUAUUAUAUCAUGUCAUUUAAUA